UUCAAGCCUUCCCUGCCCAGACCCCGCCUGCUUCUGUCUUAUCACGAUGGGCAGGGCCUUACCCGCCCUAGGCCUGUGGAUGCCACUUGGGACUGCUGCUUCCUGGCUGCCAGCUGGCUUCAUGAUCAUGGAGACCCUGGAGACUUUCCUUGUGCUGCUGCUAGGGGUCCUCUUCCUCCCUGCCGUGGAGGCCCAGCAAGCCACAGAGCGUCGCCUGAAGCCAUGGCUUGUAGGCCUGGCAGCAGUGGUGGGCUUUCUGUUUAUUGUCUUUGUCCUAAUGUUGGCCAACCGCAUCUGGUGCUCCAAGGCAAGGGCUGAGGAUGAGGAAGAGACUGCGUUCAGAAUGGAGACCAACGUAUACCACGAUGUGCACCUGAGUAAAGAAGACAAGAAGGAGAAGAAAAGGAAGGAGAAAAAGACAGAGACAGAAGGAGAGAGCAACUCAGGAUUGGAGCUGGAUGAAGAAGAGCAGCGCAGAGACCAUGAGAAAACAAAGAACACGGCCAUGUGAAGACUCCCUGCAGCCUUCUCCAGGAAGCUCCCUUAGAGCUGCCCCUUUGCCACCCCAUAUGCAAAGCUCUGGUCUUGAAGCCAGAGAAAUGACUCCAUCUAGGACUCAGAAUACAGUAGUCCUGAGUGAAGAGGGCAUGGGACCCACCCUGCCUCCUUCUUCAGGCAUUCCAUAGUUUUCAUGCACCCUCUUCCUGAGCUAGGUCCUGCUGGGUGAUUCUUUUGUACUUGGAGAGCAUCCCUGGUUAAGGAGACACCCUCUAUUCCUCAUAAUCUCAUGGUUCCACCUGCUACCCACUGCCUGAUUUCUGUUCCCUCUAUCUGAUUUCUAGUGGCAAGAACUUUCCUGCUUCCCAUGCAGCCCAGACUGAAGGCCACAAAUUAAAGAAGGCCCCUUUAAAAGGGGUCCUGUCAUCUCUUGGGCAUCAGUUCACCCCUGGGAGAGACUGCUUUUGGGGCCAGGUGCAUGGAGGACCAUGCUGCACAGAAGCACAGAUAUCCUGGGCAAAUUAAAGACUUCUUGGCAAUCUUGUUUUUGCUGACCUGAGCAUUGGACUUUGAGCCCUGAGCGCCAUCUUCUGGGAAACCUUUGCUCCCUCCGUCUCAUAUUUUGGGGCUUAUGACUUGUUCUGGGAGCUGGGUCUUGGAGGGCAGGGUGCCCCAGGACCCUGCAGUAUCUUGGAAAGGGAGGAGCACUUUCUCUUCUCAGUUUGUUUUUCCUCUUCCUCUCACUUUCUCUGGACCCUGGACAUUGCCCUGGACAUUAACCAUUUCUUAAUGAGGAUCUUGAUAAAGACUGGGUUUAGGGCUCUGUUUGGGGCCCACCCCAGAGCCUGGGAGCUUCUUUCUAAGAACACCUCCAGGAUGGUCCACCAGGGGACAAAAACCCAAAUAACUAACUACAAUAAAUGGCCCUAAUAGAUGCUCCCACUGAA